CCACUCUCUUAUCAUAUCGUCAGGGUAUACAGAGAUUUUUGCAAUCUAUUCGACCAGACGUUGACAUUAUCAAGGGUCCAUUAUUCCGAGAGUCAAACAAAUUUUUCAAAGGGAUGACAAUGGAGUUGAAGAGGCAGGGGCAGGCUAACAUUGACCAUCACCCUCCAAUAUCUGAUGCUGACUUGAUAAAAAUGUACGACUACCUUUCAAGCUCUGACUCGGCCCAGGUGUUACAACACAAGGUCUUUGUGGACAUCAUGAUGCACGUUGGCAGAAGGGGCCGUGAAAAUUUAAGAACUCUUCGAAGAACAGACUUUUCUGUUAGUACUGACGGAGAGGGAUGUAUGUAUGUGGAGAAAAUUCAAGAUGAGCAAACAAAGAAUCAUCAAGAUGACAGCUGCAAAGCAGAGGGCAGAAUGUAUGAAAUAAAAGCAGCCGCGUGCGGUACCAAAGGAUAACAUACACUUCAAUAAUGUAGUGUUAGGCCACAACAAGAUGGGUAACAUGAUGAGUGUCAUCAGUGAGGCAGCCUCCUUAUCGAGGCGUUAUACCAAUCAUUCUCUCCGGGCAACCACUGUCCACAUUCUAGACGAAGCACGUGUGCCGAGUAGACAUAUCAUGAGUGUUACAGGGCACAAAUCCGAAAGUUCCUUGAAAACUUACUCGGGCCAAACAACGGAAAGUACAAAACGUCUAAUGUCAGAAACUUUAAGCGCACGUUCAGGAGUUGUGUCAUCAAAUUCCAAGUCUAAAGCAUCAUCCACCAUUACCCAAGCUUCGUUGGCUACCAAUGCUAACUUUGAUAUUGGGUUACCACUGCCAAAGCCCUGUUCUUCAACGUUGACGACUUGUAAUGAUGAAACAACCUUGAAUGAUGGUUUAGACAAUCUUUAUGCAAACAUUCCCAUGCCAAAUGU